GCAAUCUCAACAUGACCAAAUUCAACCUAUUCCACUCAAGUCAAGGGAAGACUCUUACUAAUAGCAGUGCUAGCUCUGUCCAGGAAAAGACAGAAAAGACAGCUGCUCAUCAUCAUACCAAGCGACGUGCCUCAUCUAGGCGUUCAUCCUACGAUUCUGCGAUACAGGGCAAUGGAGUUGUUCUGGCUAAAAAUGAGCGUUAUGAUGCCGCACACCAUGAUCAUGCCCAUCAUAGUCGUCCUGCCUCUAUCAAUGCACCUUUCGAGGAUGGAGUUGUAAUGGAAUCCGGUAUCCGAGGCUAUCUCGUUGUCUUUGGUGGUUUCUUGAUCAUUUUGGCUGCAAUCGGCUAUGUCUCUAUUUAUGGGAUUUUUCAGUCUCAAUACACUGAUAUCUAUGCUGCUAAAGGGGCAUCCGCUUCUAGCGUCUCCUUUGUCGGAUCCUUGGCUGUUGGCUUCCAGUUUGGCUUUACCAUCAUCUCUGGCCCCGUGAUGAACCGCUUUGGAUACAAGGUCGUCCUCUGGUCGGGUACCAUCGUUGGUUCAUUGGGUUUACUGCUUGCAUCAUGGGCUACUGAGCUUUGGCAUCUAUACUUAACUCAGGGUGUCAUGUUUGGUAUCGGUGUCUCACUCCUUAACCUCGCUGCGACUGCUAUCCCUCCUCUGUGGUAUGCCAAGAAUCGCUCGCUUGCUAUGGGUAUAUGCUUUUGCGGUGCUGGUGUAGGAGGUCUUGUUCUAGGCUUUAUUAUCCCUGCAUUGAUCAACGCAGUCGGAAUCUACUGGACCCUUCGCAUCUUUGCGAUCUUCCAUUUCGUCUGCACAGCAUUUGCUUCGCUUGUGAUGCGAGCGCCUCGCCAGCUCUCAGGUCCACCCAUUGACAUUCGCAAGGAUACGAUCAAUCUUCAAAUCCUCAAGGAUCCAGGCUUCAUGCUCUGGUUCAUUAGCGCUGCCCUUUUCGGCUUUGCAUAUGUUGUUCCUUUUACUUAUGUACCUUCAUAUGCUAAGGACGUCGUUGGCCUUGACCCUAAUGUCCAAGGUGGUCAACUGUUGUCUAUUAUGUCAGCUGCCAAUGCUGUGGGCCGAGUCAUGAUUGGCAUCGCUGCUGAUCGUAUAGGGGCUAUCCGAGUGGCUACUUUUACGUUCGUGGCUGCUGGAGCGUCUUGCUUCAUUUGGAUGUUCUCGCAUUCGUAUGGUGCCCUUGUUGGAUUUGCAAUCGUACACGGUUUCUUCUCGGGCGGAUUCUUCACAUUGGUGGCAUCGAUCACAGCCAACAUUGUGGGAUUGACUCAUUUGGGGUCUGGUUUGACAAUCAUCUUUUUGACCAAUACACCUGGUAACUUAUUUACACUUCCUAUUGCUGGCAAGAUAGUGGAUUCUGUUGGUGGCUACAAAGCGAUGGUUGGGUAUAAUGCUGCCAUGUACCUUGGUACAGGCCUGCUUCUGUGCAUCUUGAUGUUUUAUAAUCAUUAUACCAAGAGGGUUGAUGCUAUUUAA